AUGUCAUCGAAUCCGUUGUCUGUAUUGGUGUCCAUAAAGACGUUGUGUCCCGAAGUGGCCGACUAUUGGCGGUCAAUCCCUUCCCAUAUGAAGACCAUUGUUGAUCUCAAAGGAUAUGUACUGAGAGAUAAUUUCAUCGACACAGACAUGGAUGACGUCGAGUUCUAUCUCUACGAUAUUUUACUUCGUGGCAACGAAUUCAUCGGUGAUGUCCUCCAAAAUGGAGAUUACGUUGAAUUACGGGUCAAGAUUGCGACCAAAAAGCGGAUCAGCUCUUCAUCGGAGGGUAUUUGCGAUAGAUAUAAGAGGACUAAAAGUUCUUUUAUUGAGUGCAUUACUGUCGACGACUCUAAUGACGAGUCAAUGAGUGGCCGAUCCUGUGGUCAGAAAGUGGUUGAGACCGAAAGCAUAUCCGGGAAUCAAUUGAACGCUUUAACUGAAGAUAUUGUUAAUGUUGUAAAAAAUCCCAUAUUUGAUCCAAUCAUUAGUCAAUUGCGAGACAUUAUUGGUGACAACACGGGUGCAGUCGGGCCGCAGUGGUCAUCGGGAAGCGAUCUCUAUCUGUCCGAUGAUUUACUUCGUGGCAACUCAUCCAUCGGUGAUGUCAUGCGAGAUAGAGAUCGCAUUGAAGUGCGGUUCAAGUUUGCUGACAAUACCAUUGGUCACAAAAAACCAGUAAAGAGUAAAUCCAACGGUUCCGUCGACUAUCGGCUCAAUUCUAGGGCCAGUAUAUCAUUGGCCACAGCAGUGGUCACACAAUCGGGUGAUAAAUGCCACACAAAAACUAAAGCUAUGAAAACAAUUACACCCGAAGUGCGACCGCUGUGGCCAUCGGGAAGUGGUCAGACAGCGGACAAAUGGCUGCACACAUGCACUGAACCGCACUGUGACUACAAGACUGACAGUAUGUUUGAGUUAAACCGACACAAUCUGGUCCAUCGGAUGUCAUGUGAUCUGUGUUUCGGCCGCACGUAUAAAACUAAACGCACAUUAGAUAUGCGUUACCGGCGAUCACAUCCGAUAGACCCGAUCGCCGACAGUGUGGUAAUGGCCGACAAUUCAAUAAUCAAUGAGUCCUCAGACAAAGUUAUAUCAAAGAGUGAGUCCAGCGCUUCCGACGUCUGUCCGCCCAAUUCUACGGCUAGUAUAUCGUCGGCCACAGAAGUGGUCACACAAUGGACUGAUGUCUGGCCGGCGCGGACAUUGUGUCCAGAAGUGGACGACUAUUGGCUGCCAAUACCGGCGGCCGUGAAGACCAUCGAUGGCCUCAAACGGCAUAUACUGUCCAAUGAAUGCAUCGACAAAGACAUGGAUGGCGUCGAACUUUUUAUGUCCGAUGGUUUACUUCGUGGUAACUCUUUAGUCGGUGAUGUCAUCCGAGACAAAGACCGCAUCGAAAUGCGGUUCAAAUGUGUGGACAAACGGCGGUUCAGCUCUUCGGCCGACAGUACUGUUAGCCGCAAACGGACUAAUACUUCAACAAAUGAGUGCAUUACUGUCGACGACUCCGAUGAUGAGUCAAUGAGUGGUCGAUCGGGUGUUCAGACAAUCGUUAAGAUUGAAAGCAUAUCAGGGAAUCAAUUAUCGGAUCCAAUCGUUAGUCAAUCGCAAGCCUAUAGCGAUCGCAUGCCAUCAAUAGAUUCCUCCAUUUCUUUACCAAAAGUGGUCAGCAAAUCGGUCGCAAAGAGUGGCGCAAACACUAAAAGUGCUGAAAAAUCAGUCAUCAAUGGAUCCGAAGACAUGGCCUCUGAGGCAGCGGUUAUAAGGAGUGAAUCCAGAGUUUCUGUCGAUUUUGCGGCCCGUAUAUCGUCGGCCACAGCAGUGGUCACACAAUCGGGCGAUAAAUGGCACACAAGUGAACCGAUACCAGUGUCUGAACCGAUGGCCGGAAGCUAUGAUACGUCGGGUGAGAGCCGAAUACAAUCGGUGGCUAACCGGCGACGACGCGGCCAUCGGUUCCCGUGCGGUUACUGUAGGAUCAAGUGCUUCACUGAAGACAAACUACACAGACAUCACCUCAACUCACAUCCCUAUCUAUUCCCAGACAUGCCGUGGAUUAAGUGUUCGCGAAAGCGGUGUUGGUUUCAAAUUAAAGAUCCCGAGACUAUGAGACAUCAUAUGAAUGGACAUAAAAGACAAUAA